AUGACGAGGAAAACGAAAAAUAGAGUGGUUGGCAGAGUUCUGGUCACUGGGAUAUUGGUUGCUGCCGCUGUUGGAUUGUUUGUUAUAGCACGUUUAAAGGACAAGCCUUCUAAGGAGAAGAAAUCGGAGAAGAAGGAUCCCAAGACGAUUAUAGUAACCAACACAGUGUACAGAGCAGUUGAUAAUUGGGAAAGCAUACUGCAAGAUGAUGUUGUAUUGCUGAUUCCACCAAACUGUGGCUUCAAGGACGAUUUGCAGUCGCUGGAUCGAGAUAAUUCGCAUAAAAUCAUAGGGUGCGAUACGAUGGAAGGACUAUGGUCUGUUACGAGGCAUCUACGGAAAAAAGAACUAGUUCUACUACCUGGGGAACUCGACGGGAUCCCAGACGAUUUAGCUAGAUACUGUGAGCGGAUUGUUAGGCUCGGUGCCGACAAUAUCGCCAUCUAA